CUCUUUUGGGGUGCAAUACAACGAUGCCACGGGUAGAUUUCAGUUGAAGUAAUGAAGGACAAUUGAGAGGCUAGUAGUGGCGUGCCAUUGUCUUAGUGAAAGCCUCAAAAAUUCAUCGAGAUAAAAAAAAAUCGAGAAAAAUGAGUGGACAAACGCAGGAGGAGAGGAACGCGAUAGUCAGGAAGAAGAUGAUGGAUUUGAAAAAUGUCAAGGUGCAGGCAUUGCCAAAGGAUUCACCCUGGUUGAGACCGGUGCGUAUAACAUUUGUCCAGGAUGAAAAACCCAAAAACUGGGAUGUCUCGAGGAUACACGACAGUGUUGCUAUUAUUGUUUACAACACCACGAGGAAGAAGCUGGUGUUUGUCAGACAGUUCAGGCCAGCAGCUUAUUACUCCACUCUCCCAGAAAAACACCAGAGUGUCGAUACAAAACAGUAUCCUCCGGAGGCUGGACUGACCCUGGAACUGUGCGCUGGAAUUAUUGAUAAGAAUUUGCCACUAAUUGAAAUUGCCAGGGACGAGCUCAAGGAGGAAAUCGGUUACGAGGCACCAGCGUCUGCUUUCGAAAAAAUUAUAACAUACACGGAUAUUGCAGCGACAACUGGUAGACACACACAUUUUUAUGUUGAAGUCACUGAUGACAUGCACAUACAUCCCGGGGGUGGAGAUGAGUCUGAGGGGGAGCUAAUCGAAGUCGUCGAGAUGAGCAUUCCAGAAGUAAUCGACUACAUCUCAUCAGGAAAUGUUCAAAGUCCUGCAGGGUUUCUCUUCGGGGUGAUGUGGUUUUUAUCGAAGAAAAAGGAUCGCUACACAUGAAAAAAAAACUUCCACUCCUUAGAUCAAAUUUAUUUAUAUACAAAAAAAAA